UUUUUUUCCAUUCUAAAAUAAAUUGUGUUAUGUCCAAAAACUUAUCAAUAAAUACAACGUCUAAAGCCAUUAAUGAAAGAUGUUCUUCUAAACCAGACACUCUACAAGAUGAAAACGCAAGUCCACAACGAAAACAGUCUCAAGGCUUUAUAGAAGAAAAUGAUGACGAUGAUGAAGAAGAAGAGGAAGAGGACGAAGAGGAAGAAGAAGGUUCUGAUUUUUCAUCUUCACCUAGUAUACCUGAUGAAAAUAUCAAUUUUGAUCUUGUCUAUACACUUCAUACAUUUGAGGCCACUGUAGACGGCCAAGUGUCUGUCAAAAAGGGAGAUGCACUUACUUUACUAGACGAUUCCAACUCAUACUGGUGGCUGAUUAAAGAUUUGAAAACAUCUGAAGUUGGAUACAUUCCUGCUGAAAAUAUCGAAACGCCCUUUGAGAGAUUGGCAAGGCUGAAUAAACAUCGAAACGUGGAGAUCACAUCAUUAGGCCAUGCAGCUCAUUAUAUUAAAAACAACACGAAACAAACGAGAUCAAGACAAAAAAAAGUUAUGCUCUCACCAUCCGUCAAAGUCCAGCUUGAGGUCAUCUUGGCAGAUGAUGAAAAUGAAGAAACGACAUAUGAAGAAUGGAAUGAGGAACUGAUUGAUAAUGCUGAUGAUAUUGAAAGCGAGGAAGAAAAAGAAGAACAACCUGAUGUGAAAGAGGAAAAGGUCAAGGAAAAUGAAACAGAGCGUACGUCAAUAGAGGAUACCAGCGUGUCUUCUAAAGUACUUCGAGUCUAUGCUGGUAAAUUAAACGUUGGAGCAUCCUAUCAUUCAAUACGCGUGACAGAAAACAUGAGUACGUCUGAACUUCUCUCGAAAGCAAUGGAAAAGUUCCACAUACCACAAAUUGACAAACACCAUAAACGCAGCAGCAGUAGUGUUGAGUACUAUUUAUCCAUUCGAAAUAGAGAUGGUGAUGAAAUCACGCUGGAGCCUGAAGACAAACCAUACAAUAUCUAUGAAUCACUGAAUGCACACCUUACUACACCUAUGCCAAGUCUUUCUGAGCAGUUCAAGCUGUCUGGUACCUUGAAAAAGAAGAAAAAGAGACAGCAUGAUGUACAGUUUUUGCUGCAUAAACGUAUUAAGCGAAUGAAUGAAGGCGGGCUUGUUCAUAUCAAAUUGUCCUUAUUGGCCCAAAAGGCUGCAUCUGAUAAAGGAAAUGCCUUCUUCCAAUCAUGGUUAAUGAAAAAGAAAAAGAAGGUGGCAUCGGUAGCAGAAAGGAUUGACAAAGUGGUAGCGGUCCAUGAUACGAUCACAAUAACCCAGCUAACACAAGUUGCAUUUGAAAAAUUUCAUAUUGUACCACAUGAAUCACAUUCAUACAGAUUACUGUUACAUACAAAGAAUCGAGAUACCCUGUUAAAUAGUGAAUUAAUACUAGCACAGGUGCUAAAAGAGCUUGGCAAUGACGAAGAGAAGCAGUUCAUAUUACAUAACUUUAGUAGCACAGCAACGGUUACUCAGAACAACAACAAAAGCAACAACAACAGCAAAUCAUUGGUUUUUCCUUCUGAUGUAUUGGGAUCUGAUUUGCCUGCAAUGCUAAUAAAACAAAAUAUUUCUACUCCUUCUUGACUAUGAAUAUGGUUUUCAACAACACUCUCCUUACUUCCAUACUCUGAAGCAGAGAAGAGCUGCACGCAUGAAGUAAUAUCAAUACAGUCUUUUCAGAAAGUAAAG